AUGCUCUCUACCCGCCCGCCAUCCCUUCUCAAGCGCUUCUGGCUCUCUAACCUCCGUCCCGCAACCGCGCGUCUUCCCGUCAUGUCGUCUCCUAUCUCGCAACCUGCCAAGUCCGCGUCGACGUCCGCAGCUCCUGGUCGCACUGCUGCUCGUCUCCCGGGCCCGGUCGAGACUGCCAUCCAGGCCAAGCUCAUGAACGCUUUCAACCCCGAGCUGAUCCGCAUCUCGAACGACUCGAGCAAGCACGCCCACCACGCUGCCAUGCGCGCGCAGAACGGUGGCUCCGGUGAAUCCCUCGCCGUGGUCUCUGGUGCCUUUGCAGGCAAGAGCCAGAUCGCUCGCCACCGCCUGGUCAACUCGCUGCUCAAGGACGAGUUUGACGCGGGCCUGCACGCCCUGAGCCUCCGCCUCAAGACCCCCGAGGAGUGGGCACGCGAGGCGGCCCCUGCCUCAUAG